AUGGCCCGCAGAUCGAAACAAAAGUCCUGCUUUGCUUGUGUGGAAGCAAAGAGGCGUUGCGACCAAAGUCUCCCGGCCUGCUCACGGUGUCUGGACAAGGAAGUCGUUUGCACGUAUCCCACUGUCCGGCGAAGUAGACAAGCGCCUAUAUCGAGCCAUGUCAGCUCGCGACUGGGAUCCGGAUGGGAUAUCGAGGCCUCGUGGCCAGGAAGCGACAUCGACAAUAUCGGGGUCGUGCUGGAUGAGGCCCUUUUUGCUCCGGUAUCCGCACCCGGGCCGGCAGCAAAUAUCGCCGCAACGACGAUGACAGCCACGUCGUCUUCCUCCACCUCCUCCGCCGCCAUAAGUCAGAUCACCUCCGAUAGCGCUUCGAGGCCUGAUGUCCCCAACGCGGAAGGCUUGAACUGGUUUCUCCAAUCCACCUCCUGGACCAUCGACUACCAACGCGAAGCGCCGGUGUCAAUUCCGCCAGCCGCAGUCUUUACCAACUUCAUCCGCGGACUGCAAUCUUGGCUCGUCCGCUUCCUCCACAAGGGGUGCAAUCCCUUCAUCCACCAGCACCUCUACUCCGAGACGACCAUGCCCCAGUGUAUCCAGGAUGCAUACGCAGCUAUUGCUAUAGCACAAACCAUCACCCCGGAUAACGAGCACGUGGUAGACGCGGUGUCGUCGAAUUACAUCAUGACCCUCUUAGCCGCCAACUCCGCAGACGAGGCUCCGUUUCUCCCGAUUCUCUCGACAAGGCAACACCUAGCGCGCACUCAGGCUCUUUUGAUCCACCUGCUCUUGUGCCUCUUCUCCCCGUCAAUACCUCGGAGAAGCAAAGCGGAGAACUUGAUAGACACCCUGCGUCUCUGGGCCCGCCAGCUGUGGGAGUCGGCAGCGCUAGAUGCAACGACGUCCCCAGUUUUCCCCAACUUUCUAUCGAGGAUGUCAUGUACUCAAACCAUUGAGACGGACGUAGUCACCAGCUUGUAUCAAGCCUUCAUCCUCUCCGAGUCCAUCCGUCGCACCUUCCUUCUUACGAGUAUGGCUACGGGGGUAUACACCAGCCUGAAAGAGACUUGGACUCAUGACUGUGCCGGUGACGUCUGUAUCACGCUCCGCGGCGAACUCUGGGAAGCUUCCUCCUCUGCCCGCUGGGAAGCCGCCGCGCGGAAAGAGGACCCUUUAUUUCUGCAUAGCCUAAAGGGACAGUCUCUGGUGGCCCGAGGAAUUCGGGCUGCUGAGGUUGAUGAAUUUGCGCGGCUGAUGUUCACUCUUCUAUGGGGAUUGGAAAAGGUGGAUCAGUGGGUUGUGAGCACCGGAGAUUGUGUUUCUGUAAACUAUGGGACUUGUGUUUGA